GCAGCUGAUUCUGUUUUUCGGAGUUUCACACAAAAGUCAACAAAAAGUUUGUUUGUCAGCUAAACAGAUAUUUGCAACAUGAGCAGCUCGAAAAAAAAGAGUAAAAGUGACCAAAUACCCAAGCCCAUAACCAUCAAGAAGGAAAAAUCCGAGGAGGAUCGUUCACUGCAACCCAUUUCCCACUACAUCGAUGACCGUCUUGAAUUGGUCAAACAAAUCUUUGGCACCCUCAAGCCAAAAACAAUUAUUAAUCUUGCGCCCGAGUUUCUAAAGAAAACAAACUUGGAUGAAAUUGAGGAACUUUGUUUAAACGAGCUGCUUUGCAUCUCAACAAAGCGAUUGAAGUCCAUUAUAGCGAACACACGCUGCCCCAGCGAUACGGAAAGCUCCGAGGAUUCCGAUGUGGAGCAUAAGCAAGAACAUGUCUCGCUGGAAGAGAUUUCGUCUGACAGCGAUAUUGGCGGCAGUGUAAUGCGGCGUGCUAAGAAAUUGCGGAAAUCAAACGCAAAUAGAGCCGAUAAAAAGCAGGAACCGAGUGCACAGAUCAGUGUGCUGGAGCUACUCGAGUUGCAGGCUCGUGCUCGAGCCAUUCGCUCCCAGCUGGCCAUGGAACCCAUAACAAAGAUUGAGGUGAAAUCGGAUGAUGAUGAUGAUGAUGAUGAGCAGCCAGAAAAGAAUCAGCGAGACAAGGACAAGCGUAGCUCUCACAAGAGCUCCAAUUCGAAAAAACGAAAGUCGACCGAGCUAGCAACGAGCAAAGUAGUGAGCAGGGAACAGACACAGACUGAUGUCAACGGGGGCAUACCAAAGUCAUCGGCAGCUCCUCCAAAGAAGAUCAAGCUAAAGCGGAACUAUCGCAUUUCCACCAAGUCGCCGGAAAAACAAAUCGAGUGCAAUCCAACAGCAGCGAAUACAUCAAACUCGGAGUCCAAUAAGGAAACACCAAAAUCACGCUCGGCCUCUCCGGAUGUGAUACAGAUUCCAGCAGAGCCGGAAACAUUGCUUAUUAGUGACAGCACAGACGAUGAGGAUAAGCAAGCGUCAAAGCAACAAAGGGAACCGACACCAGUGGAGGCAGCACCUCCCCCGCCACCACCACCACCAGCUGAGGAAAGCGAGCCCGAGGAGGGAGAGGUGCGAGAUGAUGUUGAGACUGUAACUGAGCCUCAGAUUCCAGCUGAGGCUGUGCAGCUGGAGCAACCUGCACAGUCGGAAGUUGACAAAGAAGAGCCUACUGAAAAAGUAACCGCUGCUGAAGAAGUAGUCGCAGAACCACUGCAGGUGGAACCCAUUAGCAAUCUGACAGACGCCGGCUCCAAUUCGAUUGAAGAUGAUGAGGAUCAGAAUGAUGACGUCAUUUCCAUUGGCGGGGAUCUGGAAAUGAUUGAAGAGCUGGCCAAAGUAGAAGACGAGCCAGCGGUUCAAGUGAAAAAUGAAACGGCAGAGAAAUUAGCCGAGCCGGAUGAGAAGGACAACGAUGUCAUAUCGCUAAACACCAGCGAUGAUGAUCACGAGAAGCUACAGGGAGACAACUCUGAGUCGUGGCGCACACGAUAUCUAAAGAGCUCCAAGGUCAGCCAGGUGCUCGCUGCCUCGCGGUUGGGCAAACGUGUGCGUGAUAAAAUCAAGAAAUCAAACCGCGCCCAAAAGCGCAAGGAAUCAAAGGAAGCCGCCAAUGAAAAGUCGCCACAACAGCAGCAGCAGCAACAACAGCAGCAGUUUACCUCCAAGCAUGAGGAUGGGUCCAUGGAGCAAUACCAGGAACUUUUACAGCACCGACAGCGCAAAAGUUCCAAUAACAACAGCAGCAGCAGCAGGAGCGACAAAUAAACGACGACCCCGAGCGAUUGUUAUUGAAAAGUCGCUUAGUAUAUUGCCUAGACGAAGAAUUAUAUAGCAUAUAAAAACUCACAAUAAAAGUGGUUCCAAACAAACGCACAGAAAAUUUGAAUA